GUUUAAUUGCAUCAAUAUGUGGUCACGUUCACUACUAACAACUACCUUAGUAGUUCUCCUUUGGAAUGCUGCAAAUGCAGCACAGAAAUGUCAUCAGUGUAAUGGAAUAAAUUGUCAACGAACGAAUUAUGACAAAACCGAGACUUGUACAGAUGCUCUGGACUUAUGUGCAACCGUUUUCGAAGGACAAUCCGUUCAAGCACAAGGCUGUUAUCAGCAGUUAUCAUUGGAGUUACGUACAAGGUGUCAGGCUACCGAUGAAAUAGAUCAAAGUGAAAGUGAUUGUCAUAUGUGUGAUGCAGAUUUAUGCAAUAAUGUUGGUACGAAGGCGUUUGAAUGUCUACAGUGCGAUUCAGAUCAGGAUAAAAAUUGUCUUGACAACGCUGCUGCUUUAACGCCUACGCGAUGUUCUGUUUCGAGAGCAAGUAACUCCUUCUGUUAUGCGACCUAUGAUGGUAAACGUACUGUACGUGGAUGUUUGGAAACAUUAGCGAAACAGAAGGACUGUUUGAAUAGUGAGGACUGUAUUCUAUGCUCUCCAAUGGAGUUAAGUGGUUGCAAUCGUGCUAUUUUAGCAAUAGAUGCAGAACCAGGUGAUAAUGAUACUGGAAAUGGUAAUGGUUCUGGUUCAGGAAGUGGAAGCGGUGAUGGAGAUGGCAAUGGUUCAGGUUCAGGUUCGGGUUCUGGAUCAGGUUCAGGAAAUGGAAAUAAUGGAGGAAAUGGUAAUGGUAGUGGUUCAGGUUCAGGUAGUGGUAAUGGUAAUGGAUCAGGUUCAGGAAAUGGAAAUAGUGGAGGAAAUGGUGAUGGUAGUGGUUCGGGUUCCAGUGGUGGCAAUGACAAUGGAAAUGGUAAUGGCAGUGGAUCUGGUACAGGUUCAGGUAGUGGUAAUGGUAAUGGAUCAGGUUCAGGAAAUGAAAAUAAUGGUGGAAAUAAUAAUGGAAAUAAUGGUGGUGAUGGUUCUGGUAACGGUUCAGGAAACGGUAACGGGAAUGGAAGUGGUUCCGGCUCUGAUAAUGGAAAUAAACCAAAUAGUGGCACACAGACCUUAAAUGUCAAUAUUCCUUUCUUAUUAUUGGUAACUGCUAUUUUAAGUUUCUAUAAGUAAUAUUAAAAUAAUAUUAAAUAAUAUUUUAAAUACAAAUUUCAUAUUAUUACGAAA